AUGGGAGAUGUGUUUGAAGGGCUGUACCCGAGGAUUACAGUAUCGCCUCUAGCAUUGAGUGUGAUUUUGGAUGCUCACCUUCGACGAGGGCAAAAGGUUCAACAUUGUUUAUGUACGUUGUUGGGUACAUUGUUAGAUGACGGGGCGUUAUGGAUAAAGGAUGCAAUCCCGAAUUACGUGAGUCCAGAGGAUGCGGGUAAGUUGCCGCAGCGUCAGCAUCAUGAGUCAUUUGUGUUGGCUCGGCAGCGUUUGAACCCACGCGAAUUGGUAUUGGGCUGGGCAAGCACGGACCUGACCUUCACACAGUUGCAUGAGAUAGCCGCUUGGGCAAGGAUGGAUACGAAGGCAUCGCGGUUUGUACCGCAAAAACGUCUCCCGGCACCCGUGGCUAUUCGAGUUACGCCCCCCACGGCCAGAAAUGACUUGAAGCUUGAGGCUGCCGUCCGAGGCCCUGGCCCUGAGUACAUCAAGAAGACCAUCGGCCUUCUAUACGCACCUUUUGAAGACUAUAUAUGCGACCAAACCCAAUGCGACCAAACCCAAUGCGACCAAGAUGAAGUUCUUGACAUGGUCGCACGCAUCGAUAAACAAAUCCAAAUAGCCACCGAAGCUAAGCGAACCAAAAAUGAAGAACUUGGAAGACGACUUCUCAAACUCGUCUCCAUGAAUCUACCCUGCUCUACUCAGGCAUACAUCGAGAAAGAACGAGAAGAAGUCUCACUCCACGAAUGGAUCAAAAUCGUCGCCGAAAUACAGCUUCGCCUCUCAUCGAAAAUACAUGCCUCGCAUGUCUAG